ACAUCCAUAAUUUUAAGCCAAUAAGAACAAAGAUGUGAUCCCUCUAGAUAGGUUAAUAACUCAUAUAAAUACUAGCAUUAAUUCAAUACUCAAAACAUCAACCAAAACAUAUCCUGCUCUUUACAAUCACAUAUUUUUGUUGAUUUCUUUAUUCACUUCUCUUAGCUAUGGCUUCCUCAACAAUGGCUCUUUCUUCCCCGGCCUUUGGCGGUAAGGCGGUUAAGCUUAACCCAAGCACCUCCGACAUGAUUGGUGAGGGAAGGAUCAGCAUGAGGAAGUCAGCUGGGAAGCCCAAGAAUGUAUCAUCAGGAAGCCCAUGGUACGGUCCCGACCGUGUUAAGUACUUGGGCCCAUUCUCCGGUGAGGCUCCAUCCUACCUUACUGGUGAGUUCCCAGGUGACUACGGUUGGGACACUGCUGGGCUUUCUGCUGACCCAGAAACCUUCUCUAAGAACCGUGAGCUUGAGGUGAUCCACUGCAGAUGGGCUAUGUUGGGAGCUUUGGGCUGUGUUUUCCCAGAGCUUUUGGCCCGUAAUGGUGUUAAGUUUGGUGAAGCUGUUUGGUUUAAGGCUGGAUCACAAAUCUUUAGCGAAGGUGGACUUGACUACUUGGGUAACCCAAGUUUGGUUCAUGCACAAAGUAUUCUUGCUAUUUGGGCUUGCCAAGUUAUCUUGAUGGGUGCUGUUGAAGGUUACCGUGUUGCUGGUGGGCCACUUGGUGAGGUUGUUGACCCACUUUACCCUGGUGGUAGCUUUGACCCAUUGGGUUUGGCUGAAGACCCAGAGGCUUUUGCCGAAUUGAAGGUAAAGGAGAUCAAGAAUGGUAGAUUAGCAAUGUUUUCAAUGUUCGGUUUCUUUGUUCAAGCUAUUGUUACCGGAAAGGGCCCAUUGGAGAACCUUGCUGACCAUCUUGCCGACCCGGUUAACAACAACGCUUGGAACUUUGCCACCAACUUCGUUCCCGGCAACUGAAAAAUUUGUGAAGCUGGUUCAAUUGUGUCACAGUUUCAGCUUUUAAUGCCUCGGUGUAGUAAAUGCUUUCAAUUGUUCCCGGCAAGUCAAGUAAUCAAGUGUUGACAUGAAUUAUAUGAAUUUGGGUUUACAUGCAUGGCAACAACACGCAUGUAAUGUACGUGGCUAAUUAAUUGGUGGAUGUAGUUGUAGGUUAUACAUUUGUUUGGACAGACCAAAUUACAUUUUCAGCUACAUUGUUUUUAUUUGUAAAUUAUCCAAGUGAAAGCCUUGUAUUUUCUACAAAAUUUUUAAUCACAAACUCAUGAACUA